CCUUGGAGCCUUCCCUGCUCCUCUUUGGGGUUCUUGGCUACAGAGACCACUCUUCCUAUCCCAGCACAGCACCUCCUCAUAGCCACAGCCCCACCUUUCAGCAGGCACCUCAAGAGCCUUACUCUGAUCAUGCUUUCUGCAUUUGGAAUCCCCAUCUCAGCCACAGAGCUCCUUCUGGCCUCCGCCGUCUUCUGCCUCGUGUUCUGGGUGGUCAGAGCCUCGUGGUCGCGGGUCCCCAAAGGCCUGAAGAGUCCACCGGGGCCCUGGGGCUGGCCCCUGAUCGGUAACGUGCUGACCCUGGGGAAGACCCCGCACUUGGCGCUGACACAGCUGAGCCAGCGGUACGGGGACGUGAUGCAGAUCCACAUGGGCCACACACCUGUGGUGGUGCUGAGCGGCCUGGACACCAUCCGGCAGGCCCUGGUGCGCCAGGGGGAUGACUUCAAGGGCCGGCCUGACCUCUACAGCUUCAGUCUUAUUGGGGACGGUGUGUCCAUGUCCUUCAGCCCUGACUCGGGACCAGUGUGGGCUGCCCGCCGGCGCCUGGCUCAGAAUGCCCUGAAGAGCUUCGCCAUUGCCUCGGACCCAGCUUCCUCCUCCUCCUGCUACUUGGAGGAGCACGUGAGCAAGGAGGCCAAGUACCUCAUUGGCAAGUUCCAGGAAUUGAUGGCGGGGGCCGGGAGCUUCGACCCCUAUAGGUAUGUGGUGGUGUCAGUGGCCAAUGUCAUCUGUGCCAUAUGCUUUGGCCAGCGCUAUGACCAUGACCACCAAGAGCUGCUUAGCAUAAUCAACUUGAGUAAUGAGUUUGGAGAGGUGGUGGGCUCCGGGAACCCAGUCGACUUCAUUCCCAUCCUGCGCUACCUGCCCAACUCCACCCUGAGUGCUUUCAAGGACCUGAAUGAGAGGUUCAGCAACUUCAUGCAGAAGAUGGUCAAGGAGCACUACAAAACAUUUGAGAAGGGCUAUGUCCGGGACAUCACAGACAGUCUGAUCGAGCAUUGUCAGGAUAAGAGGCUGGACGAGAAUGCCAACAUCCAGCUGUCGGACAAGAAGAUCGUCAGUAUCAUCUUGGACCUCUUUGGAGCUGGGUUUGAUACGGUCACAACUGCCAUCUCCUGGAGCCUCAUGUACCUGGUGACAAACCCCUGUGUGCAGAGAAAGAUCCAGGAGGAGCUGGACACAGUGAUUGGCAGGGCACGGCAGCCCCGGCUCUCCGACAGACCCCAGCUACCCUAUAUGGAGGCCUUCAUCCUGGAGACCUUCCGACACUCGUCCUUUGUCCCCUUCACCAUCCCCCACAGCACCACGAGAGACACAAGUCUGAGUGGCUUUUAUAUCCCGAAGGGCCUUUGUGUCUUUGUGAACCAGUGGCAGAUCAACCAUGACCAGAGGCUGUGGGGUGACCCAUCUGAAUUUCGGCCCGAGCGAUUUCUCGCCACUGAUGGCUCCAUCAACAAAGCCCUGAGUGAGAAGGUGAUCCUUUUUGGCAUGGGCAAGCGAAAGUGCGUUGGCGAGACCAUUGCCCGCUUGGAGGUCUUUCUGUUCCUGUCCAUCCUGCUGCAGCAGGUAGAAUUCAGUGUGUCACCUGGUGUGAAGGUGGACAUGACCCCCAUCUAUGGAUUGACCAUGAAGCAUGCCCGCUGCAAACACUUCCAGGCACAGCUGCGCUUUUAGGGGGCUCAGCACUCUGAGGCCUAGACUCUGUCUGCCUGGCCUGUCUGGGCGGCUAGGCCAGGGGGCUGACCCAGGGGAUCUAAGCUUCAUCCUGAAACCCAUGGAUAUUGAUCUGGCUGAUUUUUCGCUGUCUGGGCUAUGAGUGAGACUGAGAGACCAUGCCAGCGCCUCUGCUGGACUUUGCACACUGCCCACUGCUCACUGACUAUGGGCACAGCACAGGCCAUGCAGGAGCAGAUGGACUGUUGUGCUUUGAGUUAGGAGGUCCAGUAGGGUUAGGAGGUCCUGAGGCCUCUGAGGAGUUCUGAAGAGCUCUUUGGAAGCCCCUGGAGUCAGUGGCUGGCUGGCUCUCUAGGAGGCUGACUGGCUUGAGAAAUGUUUACAGCAGACCAUACCAGGACCAUUCCAAUCUCUUUGACAAUUGGAGUCAAGAGAAGAGGCAGCCUAGGAUUUAGCAACCAAGUGGUCUCCCUGCUGGAACACAGCCGACCAAUCUGACUUCACAUGCCUGGGACACUGCCCAGUGGGGGGAUCGCCUUCUUCUGCCUUCCCUGCUGGCAGGAGCAGGGCUGCCUCCUGGUCUUGAAAGGCUCCUGUUCCUCUCGGGGAGGGACUGGGGACUUGUGUCUAAGAGGAGCUGAGAGCAGUGGGAGUGCAGGUAUCUGGGCACCAGGCCAGGGCCCAGAGUGAAGGGGUCAUAUUUCAGUCACCUACUGAUCUCCCUUCUCUAGGCCCUGCAUUAAAAUGUCUCUUUUUACUGUUUGUAUAUCCAAGGGCCUUGUUAUUCUAACCCCCAUUACACUCGCAUAUUUGCAUUUAUCACGUAUAAGAGCUUAAGAACCAUUUGUUUAAUGCAAUUGAGAAAAUUCUAAUCUGAGUAUUCAGAAAUAUAUAGGAAACAUCUAGCUGAACUAAAUAAAGAUAUUAUUCACAAGUC